AUGCGCCCAUCUCUUCCACUCCGCCCGUUCCACUCCGCCCAUCCCUUUCGCGCGGUGGACGAGGUGAAGAGGCGGGCGAGAUGCUCGCAUUCACGCGCGAGCGCCGUUGGCGGCCGCCACCACAGGUGGAGGGAUGCGCUCCCUUUCCCUUUCACUGUGUGGGACGGUGGCACGGAGGGUGUGAAGUGGAUAUCGCCCCCCCUUCCUCCUCCCUCCCCCUCGCUCCCCUCCUCACGCUCAUGCCUGCACAUUUGCUCUGCACCACGUCUGCAUGCCAUGCUCUCCCUAUCCUCCUCCCCUCCCCUGCUCUCCCGCUGCCUGUUCUCCUUCCUCGACAUUCUCCCUCCUUUUCCCCUCCAUUCUCCCCCUUUCCCUCUUCGUUGUUUCCAUUUCUCUCUCUUUUCUCCUUCGUACGCACCAACCAACCACGCAGCAACCACCCACCAACCAACCACCAACCAACCACGCAGCAACCACCCACCAACCAACCACCAACCAACCACUCAGCAACCACCCACCAACCAACCACCAACCAACCACCAACCAACCACUCAGCAACCACCCACCAACCAACCACCAACCAACCACGCAGCAACCACCCACCAACCAACCACCAACCAACCACUCAGCAACCACCCACCAACCAACCACCAACCAACCACUCAGCAACCACCCACCAACCAACCACCAACCAACCACCAACCAACCACGCAGCAACCACCCACCAACCACCCACCAACCAACCACGCAGCAACCACCCACCAACCAACCACGCAGCAACCACCCACCAACCAACCACCAACCAACCACUCAGCAACCACCCACCAACCAACCACCAACCAACCACCAACCAACCACGCAGCAACCACCCACCAACCAACCACCAACCAACCACGCAGCAACCACCCACCAACCAACCACCAACCAACCACUCAGCAACCACCCACCAACCAACCACCAACCAACCACUCAGCAACCACCCACCAACCAACCACCAACCAACCACCAACCAACCACGCAGCAACCACCCACCAACCACCCACCAACCAACCACGCAGCAACCACCCACCAACCAACCACCAACCAACCACGCAGCAACCACCCACCAACCAACCACCAACCAACCACUCAGCAACCACCCACCAACCAACCACCAACCAACCACCAACCAACCACGCAGCAACCACCCACCAACCACCCACCAACCAACCACGCAGCAACCACCCACCAACCAACCACCAACCACCCACCAACCAACCACCAACCAACCACUCAGCAACCACCCACCAACCAACCACCAACCAACCACUCAGCAACCACCCACCAACCAACCACCAACCAACCACGCAGCAACCACCCACCAACCAACCACCAACCAACCACCAACCAACCACUCAGCAACCACCCACCAACCAACCACCAACCAACCACCAACCAACCACUCAGCAACCACCCACCAACCAACCACCAACCAACCACCAACCAACCACUCAGCAACCACCCACCAACCAACCACCAACCAACCACUCAGCAACCUCCCACCAACCAACCACCAACCAACCACCAACCAACCACUCAGCAACCACCCACCAACCAACCACCAACCAACCACCAACCAACCACGCAGCAACCACCCACCAACCACCCACCAACCAACCACGCAGCAACCACCCACCAACCAACCACCAACCAACCACCAACCAACAACGCAGCAACCACCCACCAACCACCCACCAACCAACCACGCAGCAACCACCCACCAACCAACCACCAACCAACCACUCAGCAACCACCCACCAAUCACCCAGCACCAGCUUACCCCCAAUCCCUCCUUGUAUCUUCUCCUCCUUCCCUCAACCCCUUUUCCUCGCACCCCCUACCCCUCUCCCCCCCCUUUCCCCCAUCCCACUUUCUCCUAACCCCCCAGCCGUGCACCUGCAUCUCCCGAACCUCUGA